AAAAAAAUUCAGUACACUCAAACCAAUAUCUAACCUCUUUCCAAACAGGCCCUUCAUCCUCAUUUUCUCUCUCUUCGCGCAGCUCGUUGGAGGCGAUUUCAUGGGCGAUUCUUCUUCCUUUUACACCUUUGUUGCUAGGCUACAGAUCGAUCAAUCCUUCCGUACUUGGUUUUCAUCUCAAUCCUCUCUCUGUUAUGUAUUUGUGUGACCAGAAUCUGAAACCCUAGAGUUCUUCGCGACCACAGAUCGAAGCUUUUUCUCUGCAAAUUUCUGUUGGUGAUUCAUUCUGUUUAUCGAUUUUGUCAACAGGAUCUUUCAGAGCUAUGGCUGGGCAAGCUGAAGGUGGUGGUAAGGAGCCAAUAAAUGAGCAAGCUGUGGCCAACAUAUAUGGUUCCAUGAGGUCUGAAAUCAACCAAAUUUACUCAAAAAUAACUGAACUGGAGAUAGAAGUGAGUGAGCACUCAUUGGUGAUCAAUGCCAUUCAACCACUCGAUCCUUCAAGGAAGUGUUACCGGAUGAUUGGAGGAGUGCUAGUGGAGAGAACCAUUAAAGAGGUCAUGCCUGCUGUUCAGCGCAACAAGGAGGGGCUUGAGGAGGUAAUUGCUCGGCUUCAUGAAGCAUUGGACAAGAAGAAGAAGGAAAUUGUCGACUUUGAGGCUAAAUACAAAAUCAGGAUUAGAAAAGCUGAUGAGGUGAAUGAUGAGAAUAGCAGGAAGGAAGGCUCUGCACAGGGUGUUCUUGUAGGUCCUGCAAACGAAUAGAGUGGUCUUGUGUUUUUCAUAUUCCUUGUAAUGUUAUUUCCCCGGAUGCUGUUUUCAAGAAUAUUUAGCUUGUUUUAUGUAUCAGGAUGUUUAAACCCUGAGCGUUUGGUCAAUCAGGUUAAUUGAUUGUAACAGAUAUGAAUCUGGGAUUUUGUUUUCAAUUAGUUGGAAGAUCAUUGGCAUUUGCUUUUCUCUGGUUA